GAGUCCAGGCAGACACAUCCUCAAGGGCGACAAGGCUUGGAAACACAUCCAGCUGAAGCAUCCCAGAUUUAAAGGAAGUUUUUAAGAACUUAGUGGACGCAAAAAAAUAUCUAAAAUCUCUUUCUAGCAAAGAAGAUGCCUUUCUGUAGCGUGCUGGAAAAGAGAAACGGAGUGGGGAUGGGAGGUGAGCUGACCUGCAGCGUUUGGGAGGAGAACAAGGCAAAGAGGGAGAGUUACAGUGCUGACUGGCACAGUGUUACUCUCAAGACCCAACCUCAGGACAGUCAGACCAUGAACAUGACUGAUGACUCCCGCAGAGAGACCAUGUUCCGGCAGUGGCAGUAUCGCUCUCUGAUUCAGAGCUGCCCUUCUGGAGUCUUCAGGGUGGGCACUGUGGAAAGAGGGGUGAGGGAGCACCAGCUGCUGCCAAAGAGAAACACCCUCCCACUGCCCAUCUUUAUACCUGCAGAGCUGGGUGUCAGGCUCGGACGCGGGGCCCCACACACGGAGCAGGAUCUGCAGCCCUUCCCAACGCCAGAUGGCAUCUGUCCCAGCAAGAGGAGCGUGGACGAGAUCACCAGAGACCUCCCACCGGUCAAGCCGACUCUCAUGGAGUUUGCCAAAGCACCCAAAACGCUGGGUCGCUCCAUGUCCCAGGAAGCCCAAAGAGGCUGAGAGGAAACAGACAAAAGAAGAAGUGAGGAUGUUAGGGAAAGACAGAUGGGAUGACCGAUGCAAAAUAGAUUUCACAGAGCAGAACUUGUUAGAAAGGAUUAUACCAAGAUGUACAUAAGUAGACUAGUGACAUCUAGACAGUAACCGUAGAAUUUUAGCACUACAAAUGUCACAUUUUAUCAAAGCUGGAAUUUGUUGUUCAGUGGAGUUACACGUAUUUAUGUGAAAGUAUUUGCACUGUGAUGGAGAAGGUGUCAGCUUCACCAUAGGCUGAUCAUUGCCUGUGCUGGCCAGCUGUAUACACCCUAAACGCUGAUAUUCAGUGUGAUGGUCAAACUAUGCACUUUUGUUUUGAAAAGUGCUAAUUAAAGAAAUAGUUAAUGGAUUAAGCCCAUUUUAUCUGAUAAAAGACAGAAACUGAUGUGUGUAGUAAAUGUUCAUGUAUGAAGAAGUGAUGUAUGAUGGAAAGAGGAAGGGUAAGAGGUGUGAGGAGAGAGAAAGCAUGUCAUGGAGAGUUGGUUGCCCUCCAGGAACCCAGAAGCUUCUGCCAACCUUUGAUCUGAGUGGAGAGAAGAGAAUGUACUGGCAUGGCCGCACACUGUUGGUGUGGAUAUGAGUAUGUUCAUGUGCACAUUCAAUUAAAAUAAGCAAAGAAAAUUAUUAAACUUAAUCCUUCUUAGUUGAGCUGCAGCUCAUUUGAACUUUAAAUAGAUGGUCAGCCACAGUUUGCAGUGACUAAGUUUGGACAUGGGAAUAGAUGUCCAAUGUGUGUAAUGAUUUUUUUUUCUUAGAGAUGUAUUUUUAAUAUCAAAAGUUUAAACGUUUGUUAUUUUUCUGAAUGCACAGAAAUGAAUAAAACAUUGAAAUAC